AUGGCUGGGAGGGAGAGGGACAGGGACCGGGAGCUGCUCAUCCCGGUGGCGGCCGGCGAGCACGCCGCCGGCGACGAGGACGACUCCAAGCCGACCACCCCGGUCAUCGUCGGCUCGCCGCCGCCACCGACGUCGGCGCGCGCGCACCGCCUCCAUCACCACCCGACCGGCAUCGAGGUAUUUUCAAGAGUGAUACGUAGCUGCGCAUGGAAGAAAUUUAUGUCCGGAUGCAUCAUCCUGCUUCCGAUCGCCAUCACCUUCUACACAACAUGGUGGUUCAUCCGCUUUGUCGACGGCUUCUUCUCGCCGAUCUACAUCCAUCUUGGGAUCGAUCUCUUUGGUAUAGUAACCCACAACACACGCCGUUGGUUCAGUCUGAAGAAAUUGUUCUGA